CAGCAUUUUGUGCUGGGCAGAACAGGACCCCCCCCCCCCAAAAGACCUGCCAUCCAAAUCCUGCUGGGAUCUUGUGUACCCUGGGAUGCAGAGGAGGGACAGGUCAGAGGGAAUCUGGGAUUUGUGCGACGCUCCUUUUGACUAAUCUCUAGGCUCCAUUCUUCCGACACGCUCUUCGUACUUGGGACUUCUCAAGAUCGGAAAUCAUGCCUCUGUCAGGGACACCCGCGCCCAUCAAAAGGAAAAAGUCAUCGAGGAUCAUCACUGACUUCUCCCACAUCACACAGGAUGAGUACGAAUCCGAGCCCGAAGCCUCCGAGUUCGACCUGGGCCCCAAGAUCAGUACCCCCAAGGACAUCAUGCUGGAGGAGCUGUCCCUGCUCAAGAACAAGGGCUCCAAGAUGUUCAAGAUGAGGCAGCUGCGUGUGGAGAAGUUCAUAUAUGAAAACAACCCAGAUGUGUUCACCAGUGAAUCCAUGGAGAACUUUCAGAAGCUGGUGCCCACUCUUGGGGGACAGAUGAUGGAUGUAGGCGGCCACAUUGUGAGAGGGCAGAUGGUUGGUCAUGUUGGCAGGCUUGGGCGUGCACCCAUCCCUCCUCCCAAACCUGGCAGCCUGGUCAAGGGAGUACUGGUGACGGGUGCGGGAGGGAGCGCUGUGGGUGUUGCAGGUGCGGGGGGAGCCGGAGGAGCCGGAGGACUCGCAGGAGGUGCUGGUGGGCAGGGUGCUGGAGGACAAGGAGGUGGAACCAGCCAACAAGCAGGUGGGACGGCUUCGGCUUCGGACAAGUCCAAGAAGAAAUGCGAAUACGUGAAGACGUACAUAUCGCCGUGGGAACGAGCAAUGAAGGGCAACGCAGAACUAAUGGCCACCAUGAAGGCUGAGAUGCCGGGACCCAUUAUGUACCGGGAACUGCCGAAGUACAAGUGCUUUAACAGGAGUGCCAUGCCCUAUGGGGGCUUUGAGAAAGCCACCCAGCUUAUGACCUUUCAGCUGCCAGAGGUUGACGUGGCCCCCGUGGAGCCACAGCCAGCGGUGGUUUACCAGCAGGACAUCGGCUCACGACCCUCCUUUAACCGCACACCCAUAGGCUGGGUGGGCAGUGGGGAGACAAGCCACAUUCACGUGGAGGUGGACACCAUCCCCUUUGAUGGGGAGACCGAUGAUCUGUGAUGUGUUCCCUCUCUCUCAUAACCCGACACACAGACACAGACACACACAACACACACACAGUAGUAGCCAACGGUUCAGACAGCUUUCCCUGGGUCAGUCCAAAUCCCUUAAACGAUCACUUUGUGAAAAGGAGACGGAACACAGUUGACCAUAAUUCCUCCCCUCGCUAAUGACUGGGCAGCUCCAGAGCAUUAACACAGAAAAGGGGAAGGAGAAACUGAACCACCUCAAAUGUAGAUUUUACAUUUUUUAUUUAGGAAUUCAGCAAAACUCUUUAAAGUACUGUCAACAGAAAACAAAUGCAAGGCUGACCUCAGAAUCACCACAAAAUGCCUUACUGCUUCAUCUUCACCAUGUGCAGCUUUCCUGGUUUCAUUCAGACAUUUGUUCUCGUUGAUGUCAGCGACCCCGCUGCGGGAAUUUCACGCUAAAGACGCCGAACAAACGGUUCCCCUGCUUAGAAGUGAGUGCAUGACUUGCGCUGAUUGUGAUGGCAGUACUAGAGACAAGAACAACGCCGCAUUUCCCUUGCUUUUUGUGUCCCUUGCUUUCAAGUACAUACUUCGACUGCUGGUCUCAUCCGUUUCUCUCAGUGCCCGACCACGUCUAGGUGACAGAGCUGGCAUGUAGUUAGUGUUUCCUCAUCAUGCAUCAGACUGUUUUUGGCAGCUCGGCCCUUAAACUGUCUCUUUCACCACCAUGCCGAUACACCCAGCUGCUAUAGUGAACGCUGGGAUGCCAGCCUCCUACACUGGAGCACUUCACAUAGCUGCUUCUCCUUUUUAAUUACCUACUAAGGCAAUAAACAUUUUAAAGCUAA